GAGAUGCAAUUCCUGCCGUCCCAUGUAGAGACAGAGCUGACCAUUGGCUAGUGGGUGUAUAAAUCGGGUGGCUGGUCACAAUUCACCGACAGGGCCACACUUGGGAGGAAGAGACAGUGAAAUAUUAAUGAGCCGUGUUGAGGGAGAAGUUAGUGUAAUUAGGGCAAACUGUACAGUGUGAUGCCUGUGACAAGCAUGUUUAUAUAGACAGAAGGCUGCUCUCACCAACACAUGUGCCAUUGAUUAUCAAUAUCCGGAGUGUAUAGACUGGUGGUGGGUGAUAUGGACUCGUAUUCCCUGGCUGGGCUCAGCUAGUGUGUGUCAUGACUAGGAUAUACAUUACUAUGGGACUUGCUGUUGAUGGAUAUAGACGGUGAAACAGACUGUUGAUUAGUAAGACUGUGUCUGCUGCCACCAGGGGGUGCCACUGCCGCCUCCAUGUGGUUGCUACCCGAGCCUACCAUGGGCUACGGAAGGAGUAAGCAUAGCUCCAAAAACAGCUCCGAUGACUCCGCCGACCGAGAAGUAAAACAAGCGCAGAAACUACUCGCAAAGACAGACAAGAGCAAUAAAAUAGGCGACAAGAAGGAGAAUGAAGACCCUAUUCGUACAAACACGGUCAAGAAUGGAGGCAGCAAGAGAGAGAGGGCGGCGAGGAAACAAGAAGAAAAGUUGACGUUAUCCCCCCUCAAAUCAGCAAACACAAACUUUGUAAAUAAUGGAACCGUGAAUGUUUCAAAUACACGAGAUGUGCAAGACAGUCAUAAAAGUGACAAGUUUAUGGAGAGUCGAACACGGACAUCCUUCAAGGACAGGCCGGCACCAGGCAAUCCUCAAAAUGUGCAAAAUCUUACAACUAGUCAAAUAGAAUUUUUCAAAAUGCUGGAUGAAAAAAUAGAACAAGGAAGAGACUACUAUGUGGAGGAAUCCUCUGAAGACUGACCUCAACCCUCCACCCAUCUCAUUGAGUAAUGGACUCUCCCAUCCUGCCAGCUAUCCCACAUGCAACAUUGUUUGACAGCCAUGGUACAACAAUGUUUCAGUUUAAAAUCAACAUUGUUACAUCAGAUACUGUUUUGACAGCCAUGGUACAACAAUGUUACAGAAGUGUUUCAACAAUGUUAUGUUAGAAGUACAACAUUGUUAUUCAGAUAUUAUGAGACUGACCUGGUAAAACAAUGUUACAGAAGUGGUUCAACAUUGUUACAGCUGUGUUACACUGUUGCAUCUCCUCGACAAGUGUGGUUCUCCACCAUAUGCUCAGACUCUUCUCAUGUUUCCAUGGACAGUGUCUCUUAACCACAUGUUCUUAUUCCUUGAUUACUCACACUGACUCAACAGGAUGGAAGAAUCGGCUUGAAUGUGCUGCAAGAUUGUCAUCAAGAUUUCUCAGGAUUAUGGAUGGAAACAAAUGUACAAGUGUCCGAUCUAAGAUUUGAGGCCACUGUUCCUGUGAUAUUAAUCCAUACAUUUGUUUAUUAUCCUUUAAUUCGGUAGAAUAGUUCUGCAAGAAUAUUUUUUGUGGAACUCUUGUAGUGAAUAUGCUAUCAUUUCAUUUAGACUGUUUGCAUUACUGAAAACAAUGUUCAUGUUAUGUAUACAAGGGCUUAAUCAAAAGGUAUAUAGAAUUCUGGUAAUUCAUGUAGAAGAUUCCAAGCUUACUGUUUUCCCACAGUCAGCUGUGGGACUGGAGUAAUAAUUAUGAAUUUGCUUUUCUAAAUAUUUAUUGUUAGAUGUAACUCUGUACCUGACCAGCCUUGGUGACCAGCCUUGGUACUUGUGUAAGGUUAUUGAUCUUUGGAAAAUAGUUUAUGAUAACUUGAUACUCAAUGAAUAUUUUAAAUAAGAAUGACAAAGCAACAAAUGCAAUAUUGUUGGGGUUUUUUUGGUCUAAACUGGAAAGUGUUUAUGAUCUUAAAACAUGUCCAGAUAAUAGGGUACCAUAACAGAACUGAAAUAUUAAGAUGUAAACCAUACACGAACACAAUAUAUCAGAAACGAGGUUUUUUUCCUGAUAAAAGUAGAAAAAAACAUAUGGUUGCUGGUUUUGUCCAAGCCUGAAUUGUCUGUAGAGUAGCCAUAAAAAUUGUCAGUAACAGCAACUUAAUUAGAUUGGGUUUUUGUGAAUCUUGGAAAGGGGAUUUCUUCUACCAAUUAGCUUGUGACAAACAAUGUUUUUCAUUGAUGAAUUUUGACAUUAUUUACAAAACCUUAACGUGAAACUAAAAUUGUGACACAUCAGGCUGAAACACACACAAAAGCACCUUAUCUCCAAACAUUCAGCAAAUAAAUAAGUCGUUGUUUGCCGCCAUUUAGCAAACCUGUGUUUUAGUCCUGCCCAAAUAUAUCUUCUCUGAGUGAGGUAUUUGACAAUAUGUUGGAUGUUUGGAUGAAAAUUGCAAAAUGAUGUAUACCCAGUGAACAAAUUCUUCAAACAUGAGUAAAUAAAUGUUGUGUUUUGUUAAAAUUUAUUGCAAAAUAUAUUUGACAGCCACUGAAGGGUGAAAAAGAGAAAAUUAAAGGUUGAUAGAAUAUACUAGAUAGCAACAUCUUCAUUGGUUGAGUCUCAUGCCAUUGCUAUUUUAUCCAUAUUGAUAUGUGAUAUUAUUUAUCAACCAUUGCCACAGGGGGAGGUAACUCCUUUGAUAUUAGUUUGUUUUAUGAAGCACCUGUUGGGUACAGCAGUUUGGUAUGGUGAGAUGUUUGUAUCUGUCCGUGCACACAAGCAUUAUAGGUUAGCUGUGCAUUAUCAUUUCCCUUACGUGUUGCUUGUUAAACAGUCACAAACUGAUGAUUUAAUUAGGGUAAACAAGACCAUUAAUAGUGUUGAAGGAGCCUUUAUUACAUAUAUACAGCCUUUAUUUGCCUAAUCAAGUACAGUAUAGACUUUAAGUUGAGGGUUGGUUGGGGUGCUAUGUUCAGGCACAUCUCCUUGUUCGAAUAACUGAAAGGUGAUGUGACGUGCACUUAAGUAUCCAGUUUGAAAGUUACUGGCAAACAAGGAUAAGUUGAGCACCGACCUGGCAAUUGACCCGUAUUAGCAUGUAUGAGUGCCGCCCACUGGCGCUUGCCAUUGUUAGCGAAGGGGCUCCAGGUUGUCCAUGACCAAAUGUAGUGCGAUGGGUGAAACGCUUGGCCUGUCUCAGCAAACACCAAGUUCGACAGUUGCGAGCGGAAUCAAUUUCAUUGUCAUGCAAUGCACGUGCACAAGCCUACAUCUGCUCUACUUUUCACAAACCAAAUGGGUUUGCUCAUUGCCGCGCACCGCCUACUUCUCAUAAACGCGUUCUCUGUGCCGGUCCAACUUAUCCUUGUUUGCCAGUAAUAUGCACACAAUCGACAGGAAAAAACAUAGCAAUGUUUUCAAUAAAUUUUCUGGAUAUUUAUGUUCUAGCCAAGGACAAAAGUUUCAGAACUAUGUUCAUGGUUGAUUUGUGAACUAUUUAAUUCUUUAAGCAAAAAUACAGAUGAAAAUAAGUAUGUUAUAGAAGAAAACAUCUUUUUGAACUUAUUUCUGCUCCUGCAUGUACAAUUCUUGACUUAUAUUGUCAGUAUAUUUUAACAGACAGAAAAUGUUUAUUGUUCAAACUUGAUAGAAAAUUACUUCAUGAACUCAAAUUGAAACACCUGAGAACCAAAGGAGUUGUAUUUCAAAUGAAAAAGUAAAACGUCCUCAACUUGGAGUGUACUGCAUAAUAUUUUAUUGUAUGAGCAGUAAUAUGUUCUUUUUUGUAGCAUAAUAGUUUUAAACAAUGUGGUAAUUAUUUAUAAUCAAAGGAAGUGUCAUUAAGUUACAUUUCAAUUCAGUAUCGAUAUUAUUUAUUGGAACUGAAGCAAUAUUUGCAGUUAUUCUUUGUUCCUUUACUUAUUUUCAAAAGCAUAUAUAAAUAUUUCUAUGGCUGAAAAAAAUCAUGUGACCACAUGCUUUGAUUUACUUUUGUUGACAUGUGUCCUGUGUUAUUUAAAAAACAAAUUCAGUCAACAUAAGGAACUUGUGCCAAAAAAAGGUUUUUCACUGUUUUGCAUAAUGAGUAAUAGACAUGCUGGGUAUGCUAUUGCACUGGUAUUCUGCUGGAUCAACUGAUAUUAAACAAGUAUUGAUACAAUGUACCUAGACAGCUUCAUUCAUUGGACCAUUAGUAUGCUGCAGAGUGAUACGUGGGAAUACACCAGGAUAUAAUGUGUUUAUUGUCUAUGCAUGUCAUAAAGCUGUCAUACUCUGUGGCAGCUCAUGACCAAUGUUUUACACAGUGUAGGAAUGGAAUAACACUGGAAGGAGCUCUGCAUGUGUAUCAUUCAGAUUAAGUUUGCAGUUUCUGUGUCCUACAUGGAUAUUGUAGGUAGCGAUUGACAUGUUGCAUGAUGUCAUCCGGGAUAGCAAACCGGACAGUCCUUUUGCAUAUUUAAACAACAUGGCAGACAAUUUUGAUGAAACCUUUUCCUAAUAGUGACAAGAAAUCAGGUUUAUGAAUGCCACCAUAUAUCAUCUAAUGUGAUAGACAAGUGAACUUGUGAUACCAGUGAAUCCUCCAAAUGCUGGAAGAUCUGAUCUAUGGAUGUAAGCAAACUGAACACAGAGCAGUAAAACUUUAGUAUGGUAUACUGAUGGUGUCUUAGCCAUUGAACAUGAUAUUCUUACUGAAAUGGUUAAUAGAUCAAGAAUUAGCAUACACCAAAUUGUCUGAAGAUGAGUAUUGAUGGUUCAAGCUGAAUAGGUUUCACUGUAUUGUGCCACAGUAACUGAUAAACGAUUAUUGUCCAUAUACAGAUAUGUGAUGAGACUUAGUUACUAACCAAGAUGGCGGAAUAGGAAUAACACUUUAGUACAUAGAUGACAAGGUUAGUAUCUGUUGAACGUGCAAAUAUAUAUCUGGGCAUGUGCGACUUCUGUUGUAGGGUUGAUGGGUGAUUCAAGAGAGCUCCUGCAUAAGUUUAUAUUCCUCAUCUACAAUCUGGCUACAACACUGUUGUACACUUGUAUCUUACUCAUGGGCAUCGUGUUGACAACUACGCUAAAAUGCUUUGGAAUUGCAGACAUCUGGUUUCAUGUAUUCAUUAGUAUUCAUUGAAUAAUUGCAGCAGUCAUGAGUCAUACAUAAUGGAUGAUUUUGAAAUGUCUACUAUUUCUGUAAGCAGUUAUUGCAAAAACUGGAGAUAUUUUAUUGUCAAGGGCUGUGUGCUGUAGUCCGGCUGGGAUUAGCUGGAUCAGGAUACAAGUUGCUAAUGGAUAGUCAGAGAAUAAGCGUAAUUAUUUGUUCAAAAUUGCUUUGAGCAUUUUUAUACUUAUUCAAGUUUGAUAUACUCAUGGAAAC